AUGCUGUCACGCACCAUCAUCAAAGAAAGCACCCUUCUCGAUCUCCUUCUCCAGUCGCGCACCGAUGCGCACAUCGCCUGGGAUCCCCUACUGCCAUUAUAUGUUGACGGACUGUGUCGGGCCGGGCUUGUCAAGGUCUCCGAGGUGCUAAAGGGCUUGCUUCGGCAUUCAUCUAUCCAGGCGUCCAACGCCAACCCAAGUCCCAAUUCCAACCAAGAAGAAAAGACCGCGGAAGCGGACGUGUCUGCGCAGAGCGCCGGCAAUGGCCCUCGCUCAACUCUAAUGACAGAUAUUAAAGUCAUUCAAGACAUAAUGGUGUCAAUGUCAACAGGCGCCUCCUUGCCAAAAAGCACAACCGAGGCAGGCGACAUUUACUCCGCGACCGCUGACUGGAUCCUUGCGCUGGUCGGCUGGCACGCGCGUGGCCAGGACGGGGAUGUCGCGGCCGUGGGCGCAUCAACGCACGGCCAGAGCGAGGGGCUGAUGGGCGAGCCCGAUGCUGUCUCGCUGUUCGAGUCCCUGGGAAUUUUGCUAUUUACGCUUUCGGGUACGGCGAAGGGUCUGGAGGUUCUUUCUGCGGCUUACGAUCGCGUGUUGAAGGGGAAAUUGGGGACAGCGCUUGCGGCUUACUUGCCGCUUUAUGUUGAUGUUUCGCUGCCGCUUAGGCAUCGCCUUGAGGAGUUGCAGAAAGGUUUUGGGCUGUAUCCUGAGCCAGCGGGGAGUGGGGGCGGUUCCAGUGGCAAUGCGAAGGCGCUGGAUCACGCUGGUAAUGGUAUUGACGGGAUGAAUGUUAGGGCGCUGCAGUUUGAGGCUGGAGUUAUGGAUGGGCCGGUUGUUAAUACUAGAGCUGGUCUCUAUAUUUACAUUAAUUCGAUGGUUGUUGGACGGCCUUUGGUUGAUGAUACUAUCUUUACCAAUUAUCUUACCAACCGAUAUCAGGGCCACAAUGAAGUCCUGAUUGAAGAAAUUGUCACAGCCGCCUUCGAUGUCCUUUCCAAUGGCGUAUACCGAAAUGAAUCCAGCCGAACAAUGUUCCUCUUCCGAUCAUUCCUUGUGAACAAACUGCCGGUGUUCUUCGCGGCCAUCUCGGCGGCUCAAAUAGUGCCAAUCUCCAUGGAAAUGUGCAUCAGUCAAGCGCUGAGCCAUCUCAACCCCAACGCUUUCCCUUCUUUCUCACAGAUGUUCUCCAUGCAAGGAAGCAGUGUUCUGUCAGAUGCCCGGCAGGAGUUCCUCUUUGCCUGUGCGUCGCACAAGCUCAUCCAAGAAUCGAGCAUCGAGCAGCUUCUUGGAGAAAACCCCAUGCAGACUUUGCCUGGGGGUGGUCCCUUCGUGAAGGAUGAUCUCAUUUCGCAAAUCAACAGCAAUCAUGAACGUGCUGAGCAGCUUAUCGGUGAGAUUGAGUCGAUGGAGGGUAAUGCAGGUGCUAUUGUUGGUGCAGUGAUCGAGGUCAUGUAUAGUCUGUGUCAUCAGAAAGAGACAAUGACAUUGAAGAAUAUCUGCAACUCGCUCUCACGUCGCCCACAAACCUUGGAUGCCAUCUUACUUUUCAGACCUGUAAAGCAGGUCUUGCAGCCUCUCUGUUCUAUCCUCGAUUCUUGGAAUUGGGACGAGGAUCAAGGCGAGAAUCAGCCUGUGUAUGAUGAGUUCGGCAGUAUCCUACUGCUGGUUUUAGCCUUCAAAUACCGAUAUGACUUGAGCCCGUCAGACAUGGGAAUCUCCAGCAAUGAUUCCUUCUUGUUGAAACUUAUGGACAGGGGCGCAUCUACCCAGAAGCUGAACGAACUUGGUGAAAAGCAGAACAAGGACCUUGGCACAUGGAUAGGAGCUCUCUUCAUUGCUGAAGGCAUCAGUGAAGAGACCAUGUCUACUUGCAGUCCUCAUGAAUUCUACAUGCUUGUCACGACACUGUUCGAUCAAAGUCUCGGGGCAUGCGAGUCCGGGAAACUGGAUUUCGAUACCCUGAAAGGCGGCUUCGAAUAUCUGCUCGAACCCUUCCUCCUCCCAUCCCUGGUAGUCGCCUUGACCUGGCUGGGCAACCACAUCUGGGAAUCCGAAGACCCAACAAUCCCACUCAAAACCCUCCACUCCCUGGUGAAACCGAACUCGAUCUCCGGCGAAGCCCAAGCAAUCCACCAAACAGUCCUGAAUAUAACCGCCCGCCCACUCGAAGAGCAACUCAAAAACGUCCGCACCCGCCACCAAUCACGAACAGACAUAAAACCAAUCCUGGACGCCCUAGAGCCCUACCUCUCCUUCCGCCGCAUAGGAAGCAGCCACCGCACCGAACUCGACACCUGGACCUCCCACACAGCAAACGGCCUAGUAGGCAGCAUCCGCACAACAUUCCAAAGCCUCACAGUCUGGAGCGCAAACCCAACAGCAAGCGCCGCCCCAACCCCCUACACGCACCGACAGAUUCUAGCCGGAAUCCGCAUCCUAGGCGCAACCCGCGUACUCGCCACCAUCAUCGACGAAGUAAAACACCAAUCCGAAACCAGCAACAGCGGUCACGUCGCACUGGACAUCGCCACUACACUGAUAUGUGCGCCCAUGACUGAAUCCUUUGCCGUCGAUCAGAAUAACUACCAUCCCAUCGAUCCGAUGAAGGAAUCUCCACCCCGCUGUCCUAUCCUUACGCUCCGCGACGCGCUGACUCUCACCCACGAGACCGUCCCCAAACUCUCCGAGAAGGACCCGCUUCGCGCUGAGAUCGUCGUACGUCUCUGGCGCCGGGUAAACCUGCUCAUGGCUCCUCCGUCGCAGGUCUCCAAUAUCGAUGUGAGCAAUAUCAUCCACAACUUGCAUCUGGGUGUUGAGGGGCAUGAUCGGAUGGAUUUGGAGCCUUCUUCUGUUGGUGUGGCUGGGAAUACGGUGGGCGAGGAUGAUCCUGAUAAUAUUAGUCAGAUGCUUGAUAAGGCGGCGGCUGCUGCUGCUGCUGGCAUGGAUGGGGGUAUUGGUGUUGCGCAGGAUAUGGAGCUUGAUUCCAGUGGAGCUGGGUUGGAUGCUAUUGACGAUGUGCUUAAUGCUGCUGAUAUGGCAGUUGGGAAUCCCGAGUUCUUGGAUCUGGAUAUGGAGGGGAUGUUCUAG